AUGCUUCUGAUCUUGACUGAUGCUGCUUUGUUGAAACGCCAAAAAUUAGAGAUAGAAGAACUAAGGAUGAAGCUUCAGGGAUCCCAUGCUGAGGUGUUGGAACAAGAGAUAUUAAAGUUAAGCAAUCAGAUGCUUAAGUAUGAGUUAGAAUGUGAAAGGCUAAAAACACAACUGGAAGAAGAGAGAGGAAAACAGGAGCAGGAGCAAUGCAUCAAGGAGCAACAGUUAAAAAUUGAGAACUUAAACAAUCUUGUCAGUAAUUCAGACUUUAAGAAGAACCAGUCAGAGGACUUUAUUAGUUUAAGAAGGACUCAAGUUGGGCGAUGCAAUGUCAAUGAUAGCAGCGGUUUUCCUGGGACUCCUUGCUUCGAAUCAGCUGAACCUUCCUUUGUGGUUGCUCGGUCGAAGUACUCAGGACUAUCUGAUUUUAGUCCAAUGGUUGAUUCACUGGGGGACGUGGCCGAUGAAGACACUUGGACAAAACUAAACAAGGGUUUUGUCCCAGACCUUGAUCAACUCCAGUUUACACCUGCAAUUAAAAGGCAACCCACUCCAUUAAUUGCUGCAACCACGGAAUGCUCGCGUGAAAAUCAGAAAGUGGUGGAAGAUCUCAAAAGUCAGAUUGAGUUGCUGACCAGUGAAAAGGACAGCCUGCAGGUAAAAUUCAGCGAACAAGUAGUACUGAACAACAAACUUUUGGGAGAGAUAUCUGAGCUCAAAGAAGGAACGCUUCACAUGAAAGAAAUUCCAAAACUGUUAUCUGAGUCGGUUGCUAAUUGCAAGGAUGUAUACAAGGACGUGAUAGUCACAAUGAAGACCUUAAUGGCUGAGAAAGAAUCUCCGACAGCAAAGCUAUUCUUUGGUGUAACUGGAAUCACAACAAGCCUUCUUUCAACUCUAGAAUCACAAUUCUCAAUGAUAAUAAAUGGUCAGAAAGCGGGUAGCAUCAUAGAUCAUCCUUUAUAUGAUCAAUGGGAAACACUUCGUGUUAGUCUGAAGAACACAGCCUCAAGCCUGCUGUUAGACGCACAAGCAAAAGAUGAAAUUCUUAACUCCCACGACAAGGGACAAGAAACGGGUGCAAUGGAGGAGAAGCUGAAGUCUGAGCUCAGUAUAGUCAAGGAAAGAUAUAACGAGCUGGAGAAAGAGUUGUCUUUGGAUAAACUGCUUCUAAAAGCUUCAAGAGAGAGCCAUGAGAGGCUGGAAAAGGAAGUACAAUUCCUGAAGGAAGAAAGAGAUUCAUUAGAUGUAGCAGUCUCUCAAUCAACUCAGAGGUUGAAAGUGAUUGCAUCUGAUAAAGAGAAUGCUUUGAAAGAUCUUAAAGUGGAACUGAAGAGAAGGAAAGAGAUGGAGGAAGAGAUUAAGCUAAUCAGCUUUGCUUUCUCUAGCAGGCAGAAGUCUCUUAUGUCUUUUCACAAUGAAAUCAAAUCCAAAAUGCAGAAACUAACAACGCAGAAUCCGAAAUUGAAGUAGCAGAAACAGCUGUUUGUGUUAAAGUUUAUGCCAUUGUUACAACUAGCUCAUGUGUUAUUUAUGUAACAACUCAUUACUGGUAC